UCCACUGUGACGUCUCUCUCGACGGUCAGCAUCCCCAAAAGAACAAAUAUUUAGAAAAAAAAGAAAAUCCUCUUUUGGUUUUUUAUUGAGGAACUGCUAAAGUAAAUACCCAAAAUUUCUGCAAAAGUUUCCGUUCGAAAAAUCUCAGAAAACCAUGUGGCGAAACUCCGCCACUGUAAGCUUCUCUUCGAAGCUUCUCUCUUAUUCUUCUUCCUCCGCCAAUCCUAAUUACUUCCAUUACGCAUCUGCUUUCUCCAUCUUUAGUCCAAACGGCGUCGUAGAUCAGGCACUUUCUCCUUCUCAUCAACGCUUCUACUGCUCAUCGGCGGUGCCUUCACCGUCUCCCUCAUCCGGUUCCGUUAUAAAGCUAGGGUUUCUCGCUAACAAAUCUGACGCCUAUCUUCCUUUGAGUUUGAAAGCUAGAGAUGCGGUCCAGCUUGCUCGUCACUACGGUCGGUGUUACUGGGAGCUCUCCAAGGCUCGUCUCAGUAUGCUGGUGGUGGCGACUUCGGGGACUGGAUAUGUGCUAGGGAGUGGAAACGCCGUUGAUUUGGCGGGUCUUUGUUAUACCUGUGCUGGAACCAUGAUGGUUGCUGCAUCUGCGAAUUCGUUGAAUCAGGUGUUUGAGAUAAAUAAUGAUGCCAAAAUGAAGAGAACAAGGCUAAGACCUCUACCUUCAGGACGCAUUGCAAUACCACAUGCAGUCACUUGGGCAUCUUCUGUUGGAUUUGCUGGCACUGCUCUGUUGGCAUGCAAGGCUAAUAUGUUGGCAGCUGGUCUUGCUGCUUCCAAUCUUGUUUUAUAUGCAUUUGUGUAUACUCCAUUGAAGCAAAUUCACCCUGUUAAUACAUGGGUUGGAGCAGUUGUUGGUGCUAUUCCUCCUCUUCUAGGAUGGGCUGCAGCUUCUGGUCAGAUUUCUCUCAAUGGAUUAAUUCUUCCAGCAGCUCUCUACUUUUGGCAAAUACCCCAUUUCAUGGCCCUAGCAUACUUGUGCCGUGAUGACUAUGCUGCAGGAGGGUACAGGAUGUUUUCACUUGCAGAUGCUUCAGGUCGGAGAACAGCUGCUGUUGCUUUCAGGAACUGCCUCUAUCUUAUCCCUUUGGGGUUCAUAGCCUAUGACUGGGGUGUGGCUUCUGGGUGGUUUUGUGUUGAAUCAUCAGUUAUCACCCUUGCAAUAAGUGCUGCAGCAUUUUCAUUUUAUCGUGACCGGACUACUCAAAAAGCAAGAAGGAUGUUUCAUGCCAGCCUUUUGUAUCUUCCUGUAUUUAUGUCUGGCCUCCUAUUUCAUCGUCUCUCAGACAAUCCACAGUGCCUUGCGGAAAAUCCCAACAGAAUUAUUGAGCUUCCAUCAUUCCCCGAAGCUGUAACUGAAAGUGAAGAAGAUGAUCAGAAGAAGAAAGUGAGGUAUGUCACUGCUGUUCCACAACGACGUGCACCUGUGGCAUACGCAUCCAUUGCUCCAUUUCCCUUUCUCCCUGUUCCUUCCUAUGUUGAUCAAUGACGUAUCGAACUGGCAUCUAGUUUUUGUAUACCAAAUCAAAGUUAUUGAAAAGGCACACCUCGAAACCUCUUUGGCUUUGCAUUAAGCCUUUUUCUGUGAAGUUUCAAUUUAACAGAGUUUUGGUUCUUGAUUGUCUUUAUUUUGAAAUCAAUGUAUAGUUGGGAUUGAGCUGUUUAAGCACCAUGAGUGACAUUCAUCUUGCAGCUGCCAUUGGAAUAAAACUGUUAUGCAGUGCAUAGAUCCAUUUCAAAAUUUUCACUAA